UCACGUGGCGGAAAUCCGGGUAGUUGGGUGCGGCGGGGCGCUGAAGAGCUGGGCCGGCUCUCUUCUCCCAAGAUGGCUUCUCUUCUUCAGUCAGACCGCGUCUCCUACCUGGUGCGCGGCGAAAAGGAGAUCCGCAUUCCGCUUUCGCAGCUGUAUUUCUGCCGCUACUGCAGUGAGCUCCGUUCUCUCGAGUGUGUCUCGCAUGAGGUGGAUUCUCACUAUUGUCCCAGCUGUUUGGAGAAUAUGCCUUCAGCUGAAGCCAAGCUGAAAAAAAAUAGGUGUGCUAACUGUUUUGAUUGCCCUUGCUGUAUGCAUACGCUUUCUACCCGAGCAACAAGCAUUCCUGCUCCGUUGCCUGAUGAUCCUGCUAAGACUACAAUGAAAAAAGCUUAUUAUCUGGCCUGUGGAUUUUGCCGCUGGACAUCCAGGGAUGUUGGCAUGGCAGAUAAAUCAGUUGCCAGUGGAGGUUGGCAGGAACCUGAAAAUCCUUAUACACAAAAGAUUAAUAAACUGGUGGAAUAUUAUCAACAGUUGGCUCAGAAGGAGAAGAUGGAAAGAGAUCGUAAAAAAUUAGUUCGACGGCGACCAUACAUGCCACUGGCUUUUUCGCAACAUACUAUACAUGUAGUGGAUAAAUAUGGCCUUGGAACCAGGCUCCAACGUCAGAGGCCUGGGGCCCCCAUAAGUGCCCUUACUGGACUUUCGCUGAAAGAAGGGGAAGACCACAAGGAGAUAAAAAUUGAACCAGCUCAGGCUGUGGAAGAGGUAGAACCUUUACCUGAGGAUUAUUACACAAGGCCAGUCAAUCUAACAGAAGUGACAACUUUAAAGCAGCGCCUCCUGCAGCCAGAUUUUCAGCCCAUUUGUGCUUCUCAACUUUAUCCACGUCAUAAGCACCUUCUGAUCAAACGCUCACUGCGAUGCAGGAAAUGUGAACACAAUUUGAGUAAACCAGAGUUCAACCCCACAUCAAUAAAAUUCAAAAUUCAAUUGGCUGCUGUCAAUUACAUCCCAGAAGUGAGAAUCAUGUCUAUUCCUAAUCUGCGUUAUAUGAAGGAAAGUCAAGUUCUUCUAACUCUAACCAAUCCAGUGGAAAGCCUUACCCAUGUGACCUUAAAAGAAUGUGAGGAAAAUGAUCCUGAGGAUAUUAAUAGUACUGCAAAGGUGAUGGUUCCUUCCAAGGAACUAAUCUUGGCUGGCAAAGAUGCAGCAGCAGAAUAUGAUGACUUGGCAGAAUCUCAAGAUUUCCAAGAUGAUCCUGACAUUAUAGCUUUCCGGAAGGCUAACAAAGUUGGGAUAUUCAUCAAAGUUACUCCACAGAAAGAAGAAGGAAAAGUUACUGUAAGCUUUAAGAUGAGGCAUGAGUUCAAAAAUCUUGCCGCUCCAAUGCGCCCCACAGAGGAAUGUGAUCAGAGUUGUGAAGUCAUUUGGCUCACCCAUCAUGUGGAGCUCAGCCUGGGCCCUCUGCUUCCCUGAAGUUUGUGUCUUGAUUGAAUGCUAAAUGAUAGUUGACUGUUACACUAUGCUUUGAAAAUACAUUGUGUUAAAAUACUGAUUUUACAGAGAUGCCUUGGAAAGUGAAAUUUCAGCCAAAAAAGCUAGAGUUGAAAUAGAAAAAAGAUACUUUUUUUCUCUUUGCCUCCUACUCUUCACAUCCAUUACGUGAAUUAGUAGUUCUGUCACUAUAGCACAUGCAUAGUCAAAGUGACAGUACAGCUUUAGCGUGCAUGCUUGUAGUUAUCUUCUAUCUUCCUUGAAAAAAGAGUCACACUAGUUCCUUGCAAAACCUUUUACUAGCUUUCCUUGCACCAAUUUAUCUAAGCUAGUAUUGGACAAAAUCUCUUCUCUGGUACGUUUUCUGAUAACUGGAUUUCUACUUUUCUGAUAGUAGUAAUUACUUCAAGUGGAUUUUUCAGUAAAGCAGUAAUCAGCACAGCAGCGUGAAAGGAAGACAAUUAAGUAAAUAGCACAGGUAUCAAUACUAUAUAGUUGGAGGGUUUAACUUUUUAUGCUGGAGAAUGCUUAUUUAAAGGAAAUGCAGUUUUGGAUAGUUGCAUUUGCUGCUGUAUUGCAUUUAUUGAAGCAAAGAUCCAAUUGGGACAAGAACUAGUGUUUUUGUUAAAUGAUUCCUUUAGGAACAGGAUGCUGACCAAAGAUAGCUUAUUAUGAUUUUAAUUACUUUUAGUAUGUAAAUUUGAAAUUUUAAGACCUCUUGGAAAAGUAGCUACCAUUGCCAUUGUGCAGUUUUGCACUGAAGGUGUAAAAUCUUAUUCCCCCACUGAACAGCUUUCAUUAGGUUUUGUUAAUAGGAAAAUGAAUAAAUUAUUAUAAAGUAUAAUUCCCAAGUUUGGGGUCUUGAAUUUUAAUGAUUUGACAUUUAAUAUUGUAGCACUGCAUACACAUUGUAUGUAAUGGGAAAGUGAAAAGACCUGAUUGCAGACUGGUGGCCAUAGGCGUACAUUACAGUGUGAAUAUUUAUCAUAUGCAAGAUUGGAAUGGAGAAGAUGAAUAGAAAUGUAUAAUUGGAAGAUGGACUUAAAGCCCUUGGAAAUAUAUUUUCUAAGUUGUUAGAAAGUAUAUUUAAGUAGUUUUAAUUUAUUUCGCACUAUUUAAAUAAAAGUUUCACCUUUAUUCUGUGCAAUUGAUGUAAAUUGAUGUAGAUUAUAUAUGUUGUGCAGCAUGAAUUUAAAAUAUCUAGGCAAUAUGUAUUCAAUAUGUAGUACAAUAUUAAUGUCUGCUGUUCUCAAAUUUAUACAUUAACUCCAAAAUCCACGAUUUAACUUCACACACACUAAUUAGAAGUCCAAUUAAUAAGUUAAUAGUGUAAUGAACUAAUAUAUAUUUUAGAUUCCUUGUGAACACAUAGAAAGUUGGGACAUACUUGAAAAGUCUUUUCUCUUUUUGAUCUCUUAGAAUAUAAGUACUUGUACAUAUCUCACUUUGCAUAUCUGUAAAAAUAUUUCACUGGAGGGACAUUCUGCCUUUAUCAGUAUUAGGAUAACUGUGUUGCCUUAUUGUACAAUUUAGUGAACUUCAAAUAAAUAAGCACUCAAAGCUGC